GAGGAGGAAACAUGGACACCGCGGACCAGGGCGCACAGAUAGAACCGCUGCUGCCAUCGGUCAACUCUACCUUUGGCUCAUCAGCUGGACGGAGAAGUUCGAGGAAUGACGAUGAGGCAGUGGUGGACAGAGGAGGAACGCGGUCCGAACAGAGGACCAAUUUUGAGCAGGAGGAUCUGGAAGGCCACAGGACUCUCUACAUCGGGGUCCACGUGCCUUUGGGCAGCACCAGGCACCGCAGCCAUCGCAGGCACCGCCACCAUGGAAACAAAUACAGGAAGAGGAGCAGGGAGCGGACCCUCCCCUUAGUGGAGGGGAGAGAGUCCCCUGUUUAUGACACCCCCUCCCAGAGAGUCCAGUUCCUGCUGGGGACAGAGGACGAUGACGAGGAGCACAUUCCUCACGACCUCUUCACAGAAAUGGAUGAGAUCUGUGUGAGGGAUGGAGUGGAUUCUGAGUGGAGGGAAAGUGCCAGGUGGCUGAAGUUUGAGGAGGAUGUUGAGGACGGAGGAGAGCGAUGGAGCAAACCCUACGUAGCCACGCUGUCUCUGCACAGUCUGUUUGAGCUGCGCAGCUGCAUCAUCAACAGCACGGUGCUGCUGGAUAUGAGGGCGAGUACCAUAGAAGAGAUUGCAGACAUGGUCCUGGACCACCAGGAGUUAUACGCACCACUGGGAGAUGAGCUCAGACAGAAAGUGCGUGAGACACUGCUGAAGCAGCACCAUCAUCAGAACCACAAGAAGCUGGCCAAUCGCCUCCCGAUCGUACGCUCCCUCGCUGACAUGGGCCGACGGACAUCAGAGCUUCACCUGGACAAGAAUGGUCAGAUGUCGGCCUCCCAGUCUCAGUUAGCGGCUCCGGAUGGCAAAGGGGACGCCAGUAAAGACAACGUCUCAGUGGACUUCAGCAAGAUAGACCUGCACUUCAUGAAGAAGAUCCCGGCAGGAGCAGAGGCUUGCAACGUGUUAGUGGGAGAGCUGGAGUUUCUGAACAAACCGGUGGUGGCGUUUGUCCGUCUGUCACCGGCGGUCCUGCUCAACGGGGUGGCUGAAGUCCCCAUCGCCACAAGGUUUCUGUUUAUUCUCUUAGGGCCUCUGGGUAGAGCGCCUCAGUAUCAUGAGAUUGGAAGGUCCAUCGCAACACUUAUGACAGACGAGGUUUUCCAUGAUGUUGCCUAUAAAGCUAAAGACCGGAACGAUCUGAUUGCUGGGAUUGAUGAAUUCCUCGAUCAGGUGACAGUCCUGCCUCCAGGAGAGUGGGACCCGUCCAUACGGAUAGAGCCACCAAAAAAUGUUCCGUCACAGGAGAAAAGGAAGAAAAGCAAUAUUUUACCAAACGGACUCGUCGAGGGUGAAGAAGAGGAGGAGCACGGUGGCCACGGGGGUCCAGAGCUGGAGCGUACUGGAAGGUGGUUCGGUGGUCUCUUCCUAGACAUCAAGCGCAAGGCCCCGCACUACCUGUCCGACUACACUGAUGCUUUAAGUUUGCAGUGUGUCGCCUCUUUCUUAUUCCUCUACUGUGCCUGCAUGUCCCCUGUCAUCACCUUUGGAGGACUACUGGGCGAGGCAACAGAAGGACGCAUAAGUGCAAUUGAGUCGCUGUUUGGAGCCUCCCUGACUGGAAUCGCCUAUUCCCUGUUUGCCGGGCAGCCCCUCACCAUCCUGGGCAGCACAGGACCAGUGCUUGUGUUCGAAAAGAUUCUGUUCAAAUUCUGCAAGGAGUAUGGCUUGUCCUAUCUGUCCCUGAGGACCUGCAUCGGUCUGUGGACGGCCUUCCUCUGCAUUGUCCUGGUGGCCACAGACGCCAGUUCCCUUGUUUGUUACAUCACACGCUUCACAGAGGAGGCCUUCGCCUCACUCAUCUGCAUCAUCUUCAUCUACGAGGCCUUGGAGAAACUUUUCCACCUGGGAGUUCACUACCCCUUCAACAAGAACAACAACCUGGACAAACUCACCAUGUACUCAUGUUCCUGCGUGGAGCCUUCUGACCCCACCAAUGGCACCCUGAAGUUUUGGGAGCUCAACAACAUCACCGCCACAGAAAUCUACUGGGAAGCCCUGGAGGUCAAGGACUGUAUUGAGAAGCGAGGGGAGUUUGUGGGCACCGCCUGCGGCCCUCACGGACCCUACGUUCCUGACGUUCUCUUCUGGUGCAUCGUCCUCUUCUUUUCCACCGUCUUCAUGUCUGCUUUCCUGAAGGAGUUCAAGUUCAGCAAUUACUUCCCCACAAAGGUGAGGUCCGUCAUCAGCGACUUUGCUGUCUUCUUCACCAUCCUCACCAUGGUGUUGGUCGACUACGCCUUAGGCAUCCCUUCUCCAAAGCUAAAGGUUCCCAGUGUGUUUAAGCCAACCAGAGAUGAUCGAGGUUGGUUCAUCAACCCGCUGGGUCCCAACCCCUGGUGGACGGCGGUCAUCACGGUGAUCCCUGCUCUGCUGUGUACCAUCCUCAUCUUCAUGGACCAGCAGAUCACAGCCGUCAUCAUCAACAGGAAGGAACACAAACUCAAAAAAGGCUGCGGAUACCACCUGGACCUGUUCAUGGUCGGGGUGAUGCUGGGGGUGUGCUCGCUGAUGGGCUUGCCCUGGUUCGUGGCAGCCACCGUGCUCUCCAUCACCCACGUCAACAGCCUGAAACUGGAGUCCGAGUGCUCAGCUCCCGGAGAGCAGCCCAAGUUCCUCGGCAUCAGAGAGCAGCGCUUCACCGGCCUCAUGAUCUUCACCCUCAUGGGCUGCUCUGUAUUCAUGACUUCAGUGCUUAAAUUCAUUCCUAUGCCUGUGCUGUACGGAGUUUUCCUUUACAUGGGAGCAUCUUCUCUCAGAGGCAUUCAGUUCUUCGACCGUCUCACGUUGUUCGGGAUGCCAGCCAAGCACCAGCCAGACUUCAUCUACCUACGACAUGUACCCCUGAGGAAGGUGCACCUCUUCACCAUCAUCCAGCUCACCUGUUUGGUUCUGCUGUGGGUCAUCAAGACGUCGAAAGCUGCCAUUGUCUUUCCUAUGAUGGUGUUGGCUCUGGUGUUCAUCAGGAAGUUAAUGGACUGUAUCUUCAGCAAGAGAGAGCUGAGCUGGCUGGACGACCUCAUGCCGGAGAGCAAGAAGAAGAAGCUGGAGGAUGCUGAAGAGGAGGAGGAGCAGAGUAUCCUGGCAGAGGAUGAGGGAGCAGUGCAAGUGCCAUUAGAAGGGUAUAAAGGAAUACCCAUCAUCAACAUCACAGAUGAAAUGUCCAAAGGUUCCUUUGGAAACACUUGGAAUGCCAACAGUUAAGACAUUUGAGAGGCUCUAGAUCUCAAAACAAUAUGUUAACCAAACCGCUCACAGUGUUUCCCCACAAAGUCAGAGUGCAAGAUAAGAAAUGCAAGAUGAAGAGAUGGAGGACAGUGUGGACG